UAUUUUCUGUCCGUAGGGAACUUCCUCACAGGUGGAGUUGGAAACAGCUGGCUGGACAUUUACUGCUUAAAGGGUUAACAGCUGUGGUGGCUCUUCCUUUCUACUGUGCGAGCCUCAUAGAGACCGUCCAGAGUGAGAUCGUCCGUGACGACUCGUCGUCCGGGCUGCUGGAUUGCGUCCGUGAAGGUUUGACUCGUCUGUUGGGCGUCGGCGCUCCUCACAGUCACCGUCUGCUUCCUCUCAGCUCUCUGCUGCUUCCCACCGCGCUGCACGCCAUCCUGCGCUACGCCAUCGCCGCCUCCGUCCAGCGGGUGGCGCUGUGGUUCCACCAGCGAGGAAGGAAGCAGCGCACCGACCCGUCCAACCCGCUGGACGCCUACUUCCCUGAGCUGGCGGCGGCGUGGGCGGGGUCUCUGGUGGCCGACGUGCUGCUGUUUCCUCUGGAGACGGCGCUGCACCGCCUCAGCCUGCAGGGAACGCGCACCAUCAUCGACGCCACCGACGGCGUGGUCGCCCUGGGUAACGUGGGCAGCCCGCUGGUCCUGCCCGUCAACUCUCAGUACGACGGCUUCUCCGAAUGUCUGCACGCCAUCCGCCGCAAGGAGGGAACCGCCGGGUUCUACCGCGGCUUCGGAGCGCUGGCGACGCAGUACGCGCUUCACGGGGCGCUGCUCGCCGCCGCCAGGACGCUGCUGAGGCUGCUGCUGCUGGAGGGGGGGGGGUAGCUAGUUACCACAGAGACACAGCUUCACUUCCAAAGUUCAAAUUAUUCUGUCACCAUGACAACGAAAAAAUUCUGUUUCUCUUUACGAGAAAAGUGUUAAAACCACGUUAUAACACGUCGUUAUAACAACGUGUCAUCACACGUCGUACGACUCACACUUCAGCUCCUUUCAGUUCUUACACACUUCUGCUGUUUCUCCUGCAAUCGCAUCAUAUUUCCUCCAUGUUUAGCCUAGCUUAGCACAAAGACUGGAAACAUAGGGAAACUGUUAGCAUAGCUUAGCACAAAGACUAGAAACGUUAGUGUAGCUCCAUCAAAACAAAAAUAAAUCCACUUUCCAACAACACAAGGUCGGAUUCACAUGUCGACUCUGAACGUUUGUCACGUCGUGAUGUCACUUCCUGCCUUCAAACCAAAUGUGGUGGUUAUGUUGCCAUGGAAAUGCAGUGUCACUUCCUGUUCCAGCGUGACCUCAUGACAACGUGGUGAAAGUAAACAUAAUAGAAGUACUGACAUGAAUACCUUCAGAGUAAAACACCAACAACAGCUGAUUUAAAUAAAUAAACGUGAAGCCACUUUUUAUUUGUAUAAAGUUGUAAAAAUGGAAAAUCUAUUAAAAGAAAUGUAGCAUUAGAUUAAAUUAUGUGAUCCAUAAAUAUUCCAAUCAAGAUUGAUCAGUUAAAUCAGAGAUUUUUCAAAAUAAAUGUUUGGAAAAUCAGUGGAAGAUUUUCAACAUAAAGUUAAAGCGUUUAUCUUUUUAAAAUCACUGAGCCUGUACUUGUUCAUAUUUUGUUGUUUGUUGUAAAUGUUGAAACUUUGUGUCGCAGAAAAAUAAAAUCUGAACUUAAAAAUGUGUUUUCACUUAAAAUAAAACAAAAUGGGUUCUCGUGGAGACUAAGCUUCUUGGUCAAUUUAAUCAACAAAUAAAAGAUAAUUUAUACAAAUACAUUUGAAUAUACACAUGUUACCACAACAUGCUUUAAAAGGAAUACAUGUUCAAAAGGUUACUGUGUAGUUUAUUGGUUUGACAUAAUUGAAAAUGAUCUUUUGUGAUUAUUUUGGUUAAAUGUUUUACUUGUUCCAGACAAGUUGUGUUAUUGA